AUGUGCUCCCGCCAGGACAAGGACCAGUGCCACCAGCAGGAACGCUCCUGCUGCCACAGUGGCGGAUCUGGUUGCCACGGGAGCAGUGGCGGAUCUGGCUGCCACGGGAGCAGUGGAUCCGGUUGCCACAGGAGCAGCGGUGGAUCCGGUUGCCACAGGAGCAGCGGAUCUGGCUGCCACGGGAGCAGUGGUGGAUCUGGUUGCCACAGGAGCAGCGGAUCUGGUUGCCAUGUGACCAGUGGAUCGGGCUGCCAUGGGAGCAGCGGCUCUGGUUGCCACGGGAGCAGUGGGGGAUCCUGCCAGCAGGAGUGCCAGCAGCAAAUCUACCAAGUGUCCUCAAAUAUGAAGUGA